GAGAGAGAGAGAGAGAGAGAGAGAGAGAGAGGGAGGCGCGAGUUCGCUUUUAGCAGUUGUCACAUUUGCAAUUGGAUUUUUUGUUUGAAUUUAGUUGCUUGUUUGGGAGCAAAUGAGAAGGAGAAGGAGAGGAUAUUAUUAUUAAAGAGCGAGGGGGAGCUCAGCCGCUUCAGUCUGAGCGUCUGAUCCGUCCGUGCAGGGAGCGCUGACUCCACACACACACACACACACACACACAUUCACUCUCACACGCUCGCACGCAGGCGACACUUACGUUUAUUACGUCUUUCAUUCCCGUGUUUCUUUCGCAUGGAAUUUAAUCAAAAGCAACCGACGCUGUUUGACGCGAUUUAUUUACAGUUGGGCUUGGAUGCGGGAUCUCGCCGCGUCUGCCGGAGAACAUCCCGUGUUUGAAUCCACAGCCGAUUGAUAGGAGAAGACGAGGGGGGAGAAGAAGAAACGUGCACACGAGCAAUUCAUCUUUUCUUUUUCUUUUUUUUCCCCCCAUUUUUGUGGAGGAGGAGGGGGGGGGGGGGUUUAUCGGGGCUGUAGUGUAGCCGUCAGCCGCGCGCUCCAGAGCCAUUUCCAGGAUAAGCUGUGCGCAGAGCGAGCGGUGCAGCCUGCUGGAGCCGAGCAGCACGGAUCGCCCGGGGAAGGAGUCCUCGUUCCUCAGGACGAUGGUGUUGGACAAGGAAGAGGGUGUGCCGAUGCUCUCCGUCCAGCCCAAAGGAAAACAGAAGGGGUGCGCCGGCUGCAAUCGCAAGAUUAAAGACCGCUACCUGCUCAAGGCCCUGGACAAAUACUGGCACGAGGACUGUCUGAAAUGUGCCUGCUGCGACUGCCGCCUGGGGGAGGUGGGCUCCACCCUCUACACGAAAGCCAACCUCAUCCUCUGUCGCAGGGACUACCUGAGGCUCUUUGGUACGACGGGGAACUGCGCAGCCUGCAGUAAACUGAUCCCAGCCUUUGAAAUGGUGAUGAGAGCCAGAGAUAAUGUUUACCAUUUGGACUGUUUUGCCUGUCAGCUUUGUAACCAGAGGUUCUGCGUGGGGGACAAGUUUUUCCUUAAAAACAACAUGAUUUUGUGUCAAAUGGACUAUGAGGAGGGCCAGCUCAACGGGAGCUUUGACACGCAGGUUCAAUAGUUGGGGGGGGGGGAAACUCACGGGCAGCAACAAUCAGCUCCACACUUUACACACAGGAUGGAUGUUCUGCUGCACUCAAAAAGAGACAAGCGUCCGUCUGCUUGCCUGCAAUACUUUUUAAGACCCCUUUAUCAGUCCCUAAGGACUCUGUUGUAAAUGUUCAACUUUUUGCCCCUCCCACCCCGCCCACCACCCCCCAAACACUGAGCAGUUACAAACGUUGAUGUACAGUUGUGCCUGCUUAGCUGAGCACUGUAUUGCUUGUAUGUUUUUGUGAAACUUGAUUUCAAGGUUUGUUUUUCUUCUCCUUUUAGAAAUGGUUAAUUGGAGGGUAUGUACAGUCUGUUUUCUCUGUAUAUAUAAACUGGAACAUUUAUUUUAUGAAAUGUAAUGCAAUUUUAUUACUAGUGUGAAUUAAAGAUUCAUAAAUGUUCAUAGUGAGUUUUUUCUCUUGUACCAAAACCAAAGUUGUUGGAGGAGGUGAACCCAUGUGUUGAUAUGUAAUCAUGUCUCCAAUAACCGCACUGGUAUAAAAAGCCUUGCAGGAGAAAAAAAAGAAAAGAAAAGAAAAUAUAUUUGAAUUCCUUCUUUAAAACACGAUGCAAUGAA